CCGACAGACUGUAGCAGAUCACAGCAGCUGGAGCGCUGGGUCUGCACCAACAGGUUGGCGUUGUGUGUUUGUGGCUGCAUCACUACACAGACUUCAGAUCUGCAUUAAAUGCAGAUUACGGCCUUCUUUAAUCGUAUAAAUGGCUGCUGGUGCUUUAAGUGUGGCUCAUUGUGCCAUGUUGUGAUGUGCGCGCAGAUAUGCUGGAAGCAGCUUCCUUCUUGUUGUGGUGGAAAAACAGGCAGAGCCUGAAGUGACGCAGAGGAGUGAUGAGUGCGGUGGUGAAGGCUGGUGCAGAGCCUGGUGUUCACACCGCAGACGACCGAGCGUCGCUCAGUGUUUUCAUAGACCGGAUCAGCGUGUUUGUGCUGCGUGCGCUCUGUCGUCCGGUCGGAUGGAGGCCGACGCCGUGCAGGACUUCCGGCGCAGGCUCAAGUACUUCUUCAUGAACCCCUGUGAGAAGUACAGAGCCAGAGGCCGCCGGCCGUGGAAGCUGGCGCUGCAGAUCGUGAAGAUCGUCCUGAUCUCAGCUCAGUUGGUGUCUUUUGGCCUCAGCAACGAAAUGGUGGUGACCUUCACGGAGGAGAACCUGAUGACGCUCAGACACCUGUUCCUCAAAGGGUACGAGGACCAGCGGCAGAGGAGCUACGCUGUUUACACCAAGGCCGACGUGUACGAGCACAUCGGCCACGUCGUCAGCAGGUACGUCCACCUCCCAAAGCUGACGCUGGGCAACCUGGACUAUGAGCGGCUGGAUGGAGCGCAGGCUCCUCUCCUCGUCUGCCAGGUGUUGUACAGCAACAGCAGCAUCGACCCGGAGAACGAGACCUUCCACCUUGAUCCACAUGUUGACACAGACUGCAUUUCCAUCAACCCGCCGCAUUCGAUCCACAACGACAGCCUGUUGUCCGAACUGUCUCUGGAUUUCAGAAGACUGCUAUCAGUGAACAUCUACCUGAGUCUCAAAACAAUCAACCUCCAGACUGUGCGGCACCACGAGCUGCCAGACUGUUAUGACUUCCACAUAAUGAUCGUGUUUGACAACCGUGCACACAGUGGGAGGAUAAAGGUCAGCGUUGAAAGCAACGUGAGGAUCUAUCAAUGCAGAAACUGGGACGUGGAAGGCUCCUCUGAGGAGAAUGACUACAUGCUCGUGUCAUUCGAUGCCGGCGUCAUCGUCGCCUGCUUUGUCUCCCUCGUCCUCUGCACAAGAUCCGUCAUCAGCGGCGUCAGACUCCAAUUUGAGUUUCACGCGUUCUUCCUCACUCACUACCAUAAGUCUGUGACCUGGUCGGAGCGCAUGGAGUUCGUGAACGGCUGGUGCAUCCUGAUAAUUGUCAGUGACACGUUGACCAUCGCUGGGUCAGCGCUCAAGAUAGGAAUACAAACCAAGUUCCUGACCAACUAUGACGUGUGCAGCAUCUUGCUGGGAACGGCCACGAUGCUCGUCUGGGUUGGUGUCAUCCGCUACCUUGGCUUCUUCAAGAAAUACAAUAUUUUAAUCCUGACCCUGAGGGCAGCGCUCCCAAACGUGGUCCGGUUCUGCUGUUGCGCCGCCAUGAUCUACCUCGGAUACUGCUUCUGUGGCUGGAUCGUGCUCGGGCCCUACCACGACAAAUUCCGCACGCUGGGCAAGGUGACCGCCUGCCUCUUCUCUCUCAUCAACGGAGACGACAUGUACGGCACCUUCCUGAAGAUGAGGGACAAGAGCUACGUGGUGUGGCUCUUCAGCCGACUCUACCUCUACUCCUACAUCUGCUUCUUCAUCUACCUGGUGCUCAGCUUGUUCAUUGCUCUCAUCACUGACACCUACGAGACCAUAAAGCAUCACCAGCCAGAUAAGUCGCCGGUGUCCCAGCUUCAGGUGUUCAUGGGAGAGAGCGGCGACCAGCCUGAGUCUGAAGGGUUCCAGGGUGACGGCGAGCCGGCGUCCUGCUGCCUCCCUUCCUGCUGCUCGGGCUGAAACCAGGACAAACACGGGACUGUGCCACAUGUUGGCCACGAGUUAUGCUUGAGAUGAAUUAGCUGAAGCAGGCUCUGAAAUAGCAACAAUAAUGAAAAGUGUAGCCAACAAACUCAUAGGUCCAGUGAUGAUUUAUCAGGGGCGGUAGAAAAUAUAGGAUAAGUUCACACCAUGACUUGACUGAGCGGUAUACACUUAGAAGCUACUUAUAUAGGUCAUUAUUUGUGGUUAUUGUAUGUACAUUAGUUUGUUAUGUUUCUGUAUAGGAUUAUAUAUCUAUAUAUAAUUGCUUUGAUUUUACUUGUUUAUUUCAGGCACAAUCAUUGUCAUUGAUAUUCUGCAAUUUUACUCAAACUUACAUGCAAACACUCCUUUCAUCCUAUUGUACUACAGUAAAGAAUGUAUUAUUACUGA